GUGUAGACACAGCCAAACGACUUAAAGAAACAUAACCAAACAAAUCGCUCUCAUAUUACUAAGCAUUUUUCUUGUUAAAAUUUUGAAAACGCUAAAAUGGAGUGUUUACUUGGAAUAAAAUGCAGAGAUUUUGUAAUUGUGGCCGCCGAUAUGACAAAAGCCCAUAGCAUUAUGGUAAUGAAAACCGAUGAAAAUAAACUGCACACACUUUCUAACAAAAUCGUGAUGGCUAUUAGUGGUGAGCAAGGCGAUACAACCCAGUUCGCCGAAUAUAUUGCGAAAAACAUUCAACUCUACAAAAUGCGCAAUGGCUACGAACUCGGUGCUAAAGCUGCCGCGAAUUUCACCAGGAGAAAUUUGGCGGAAGGUCUUCGAAGUCGAAACGCCUACCAUGUUAACAUGUUAUUGGCGGGUUACGACGACCAGGAGGGUCCACAAUUGUACUUUGUAGAUUAUUUGGCUUCCUUGGCCAAUGUAAAAUUUGCAUCACACGGUUACGGAGGCUUCUUUUCGCUAGCAAUAAUGGAUCGCUAUUAUUCGGAAGAUUUAACACCUGAAGAGGCUUAUGACAUAAUGAAAAAGUGUAUACGAGAAGUUCAUCAGCGUCUCAUUGUCAAUCUGCCCAACUUUAAGUUGCAAAUUAUUGAUAAAGAUGGUAUAAGAGAUUUACCCGCGAUUACUGCCCAAGGUUUAGCUAAGGAGUAGUUUUUGUAUUUCUCAUUAAUUUUUUUAAAAUAAAUUUUCAGUCUACA